AGAGUAAAAAUAAUAAGUAAAAAGAUUCUAAGCUCCACAGAGUUGGCUUACUUGACUUGUCCUUUUUUCUUCUUUCUACACUAGUGGAAUUUUAAACAUAGAAAUGAAUGCCUUUUGUGGAAAAUUCAAGCUGAAAAAUUGAAAGUCUUGGAAGAAACUUCCUAGCACUUGAUGUGGUAGAAAAUAUUUUUCUUUUAACGUUAUAUAUUCGGUGUUGGUAGCAAUGAUCGGUAUGCAACCAUGAGAGCGGUUACAAUUUCCUUUUUUGGAUUUCUUCUUGUCAUCGCAGCCACCGUUAUUAGCUUUUGUGAUGGGAAUUCCAAUAUGCUUUGCAUUAAAAGUGAGAGGCAAGUUCUUUUGAAGUUCAAGCAACACCUAAUUGAUCGAUCAAACAGGCUAUCUUCUUGGGUUGAAGGUGAGGAUUGCUGUGAAUGGGUUGGUGUUUUCUGUAAUAACUUCACUGGCCAUGUCAACGAGCUGCACUUGGCGCUUCCUUCAAUUAGUUCUGAUGUGUAUACGACGAAGGCUGAAUGGUUUGCUUACGUUCGGUCAAAGCUAGGAGGCAAAAUAAAUCCUUCUUUGAUCGAGUUGAAACAUCUCAGUUUCCUAGACUUAAGCAACAACGACUUUGGAGGCCUGGCGAUUCCCGAAUUCAUUGGUUCGCUGAAGAGUUUGACAUACCUUAACCUCUCUUCGGCAAAUUUCCAAACAGCAAUUCCCCAUAAUCUUGGAAAUCUCUCAAAAUUGCAUUAUCUUGAUCUUGGACACAAUUCCCUAUUUGAAGCUAAAACUCUUCAAUGGGUUUCUCGUCUUUCGUCUCUGAUGUAUCUUGAUCUGAAUUAUGCAAAUCUUACUAAAGCAACUGAUUGGCUGCAGGCAACACACAAACUUCCUUCUUUGGUGGAGUUACACUUGUCAGGAUGCUUUCUAAAUAAUGAUCCAUCUCCAAUCAGUGUUAAUUACAUAUCUCUUACUGUUCUUGAUCUUUCCAGAAACACGUUGUCUUCGGUACCUACAUGGACAUUCAGUCUUCGUAGUCUUGUGUCCAUUGAUCUUAACUCUAAUGGAGUUGAAGGUGUGAUGUCCAAUGGUUUUCGAAACAUGUCUUCUCUAAAAUUUCUUGAUCUUAGCUUCAAUUCAUUCUCUUCAUCAUCGACACUCAACUGGUUGUCUAAUUUAAACCGACUUCAAUUCCUUGGUCUUCGUGGUGUCAGCCUGCAAGGUAAUUUUUCAAUUGCCACUGGAAACUUGAGCUCUCUUUCUUAUCUUGAUCUUUCAGAUAACCAGCUUGAAAUUAUAGAACCCAAAUGUUUGGAAAGUCUUUGCAAUCUGAGGGAGAUGGAUUUGUCAAAUAAUGGAAUUGAUCAAGAGGUAUCAGAAGUCAUAGAGAGUUUGUCUAGAUGUAGUUUCGAUCGAUUAGAGUCAUUAAAUAUUGCAUCUAACAAACUUUCUGGCCAUUUACCUGACCAACUUGGCCAAUUUAAAAAUUUGGUAUACCUUUCCCUCUCUGGAAACUCCAUUUCUGGUCCCAUUCCAUUCUCAAUAGGGAAGUUAUCAUCAUUGAAAGUUCUUGAUGUUUCACACAAUCGAUUGAAUGCAACUCUCCCUCAAAGUUUAGGACAACUUGGGAAUUUGGAACAUUUAGACGUUAGCAAUAACAUGUUGGAAGGAAAUAUAUCAGAAAUGCACUUUUCUGAUCUCACGAGAUUGAGAUUAUUUUUCGCAUUUAACAACAUGUUAACGUUUAAACCAAAUCCAAGUUGGAUUCCUCCUUUUCACUGUGAUAGUAUUGAAUUGCGUAACUGGCAUCUUGGUCCGCAAUUUCCUCAGUGGCUACAAUUCCAAAAGAAUUUGUCUCUUUUAGAUGUCUCACAUGCUGAAAUAUCAGGUGUCAUUCCCACUUGGUUUUGGAACCUUUCGACUCAAUUUGAAUAUCUAAACCUUUCCAACAACCAACUAGUCGGGAAGAUUUCAUAUUUUCCGAGGAGUUUGAUUGUUGACUUGAGUUCCAACCUAUUCACAGGUCCAUUGCCACAGGCACCCUCAGAUUUGAUGUUUUUAUUUUUGUCUAAGAAUCUAUUUUCAGGACCCCUUUCUAAUAUUCUUUGUAAUUCCUCAACUAAACUGGAAACUUUGACCAUUCUUGACAUUGAAUCAAAUCCUCUGUCUGGUGAAAUUCCAGAUUGUUGGGAAAAAUGGCAAAUGUUGGAAGUCUUAAAUUUAGGAAACAAUAAUCUAACUGGGAAAAUUCCUAGAUCCUUGGGAUCUUUGAGUUAUAUUAUGUCAUUAAACCUUCAUAGCAAUAACCUGUUUGGACAAGUACCUUCCACAUUGCAGCAUUUAGUUGGUAUGCGUAUUCUUGAUCUUAGCAAAAAUCAAUUGACUGGAAGUAUUUCAGCAUGGAUUGGAGACAAGCUCUCAAAUCUUGAGGUUCUAAACCUCCGUUCAAAUAACUUUCAAGCCUAUAUCCCUGAUCAAAUUUGUGCUCUUAAGUCUCUUCAUUUCUUUGAUCUUGGUUAUAACAACACUUCAGGAGCUAUUCCAAAAUGUUUUAGUAACCUAAAUGACAUAGCCACAAAACGGCCCAGCGGAUUCAUGGAUCGGCCCAUGGAAUUCGGCCUUGGCCUAACGCUUUAUUUAAGGGCAUUAUUGGUGAUGAGAGGAAGAGAGGAUGAAUAUAGUGUCACGGACCUAAGAAAGAAUCCUGAAUCCUACAUCGAAUAUAAUAGGGGGGUCACUGGGUCUCUCAGGGGACAGAUACCAGAGAACAUUGGCAAUCUGGAGUUGGAAUCUCUUGACUUGUCGAUGAACCGACUCCAUGGUGAAAUCCCUUCAAGUUUCUCCAAUUUGAACUUUUUGAAUCACGUCAACGUGUCAUAUAACAAAUUGACAGGACAAAUUCCAUCAGGCACCCAGCUCCAAAGCUUUGACAGGUUUUCUUACAUUGGCAAUCAUCUUUGCGGACCUCCAAUCACAAAAAAUUGCAGCAGAAGUGGCGAAACACCUGAAAUCAUAAAUGGAGAUAGCAGUGAAGGAAGGCACAGGUCUGAGGUGAAUUGGCUUUAUGUGAGCAUAGUGGUUGGAUUUGUGAUGGGGUUUUGGGGAGUAGUUGCUCCCUUGUUUUUCAUCAGGUCUUGGAGGUUUGCUUACUAUAAAAAACUAGAGCAUAUUGGUGAUAAGCUAAACGUGUUUUGGGCGUAUGUAAUUUGUACUGGAAGCUCAUUUUGGUGUGUUUGA